AUGGCGGACGCGUCGCUGGUUGUGUUGGUGUUCAUGCUAGCGGCGCUUCCAGGCAACUUUGAGAGCGGCAGCUCACUCGAAAGCCUUGCCAAUGCAGAGGAAUCGGAAGAGGACGAACGAUUUCGGGUCAACGAGCAUUUCUAUGAUAGAGUGGCUCACUUCAGGGACAAGAUGUCAAAGUCGAAGAAGAAGUCUGAGGACGACGAGGUCAAUGUCGAAGAGGAGUAUGUCAGGGAGGGGGAUGAUAUAUGGGCCAAGGAGGAGGACAUUCCGAAGCAGUUCCGGAAUGCAGACCUGAAGGCGAUGAACGACAAGAAGUGGAUCAGCGCAAGGCUGAAUGAGAUUCAGAUCGACGCGGACGAUGGGGAGCUUGAGAAGGGGGUGGUGGUGGUGGACGGGAUAGAGAUGGAUGCUGUCUUACUGGACCUUAUCGAAUCUUCAAGGUUCGAUCUCAACGGCAACCCGUCGACCAUCAAUGAAAGAAAGGAAUCGAUUUGUCAGGAUGCUCACAAACUGUGUCAAGGAUUCUGCAACAAACAUCCCAACAAAGCUGGGUAUGCUGUGAUACAGUCGAAUGCUCGAUUGAUGAUCAGCUCUCUCGUGACAGAGCUCGCGGCGUUGGAGUACAUGAAGCGAAAGUGCAAGUUCGACGGCAAGGCGGAACGUGUGCUUGAAGCGUACCUAGAGGGGGUGAGGGCAAAGAUGUCAGGAGAAGCCAUGGAAGGGAGCCACAUGAACGAUACGGAGCAAGACGCAAUACCGUUAGGCGUAGCAGUCCCAUGCUCGCCAGAGGAAUGGAUGGCAGACCUGAAGAGAUUUGUCAAGUUGAAGGAUUUUCAAAGCAUCGCUAUGAUCCUCGAACAGAUAAAAGAAGCCAAUCUCAACGGGAACGAUGUCUUGGAGGACUUGGUGGUCUUGGUUCGCAAGCUGAGAAAGCACGAGUCGUCCAAAGUCAAGAAGUUGUCAACGGAAGUCUUUGAGACUUGGAGGAAACAAGUUCGCGGCAAGUGA